AGGUAGAACAUGCAGCUAUAGGUAUAACAUGCAGCUAUAGGGAGAACAUGCAGCUAUAGGUAGAACAUGCAGCUAUAGGGAGAACAUGCAGCUAUAGGUAUAACAUGCAGCUAUAGGGAGAACAUGCAGCUAUAGGUAGAACAUGCAGCUAUAGGUAUAACAUGCAGCUAUAGGUAUAACAUGCAGCUAUAGGGAGAACAUGCAGCUAUAGGUAGAACAUGCAGCUAUAGGUAGGUCUCUUCCACUGAACUUGUCUGGAACAAUAGGAAUUGUCACACACACUCCAAACACAAACACACUCCACACACACACACACACAUGCACACUCACGCAGGCUGCAAAGUCCAAGAGCCUCCUACUGCCUCUCUCACACCUGCUGUAUGAGACAACAACUGGAAGCAGGGUCACUGUGUGUGUGUGUGCCUGUGUGCUUAUGAAUAUAAAAGUGAAUGUGGUGUGUGUGUGUGUAGAAGAGAGGGAAGGAGUUAGUGUGUAAGUUUGUUGGGCGACAUGCAUACCUCAGUGCAUGUUGGACAGUAUAAGAAUGUGUUCUCAUGACAACAGACACACAGUCUCUGUGUAACAUGCCUCCCUGUCGCCAGACAGGCUCUGCAGGGCCACAUGCCUCCUCCAGGCAGGGACGGGCUCUGCGGGGCCAGCCAGGCUCCUGGCUCCUCGGUGGGCCUCAGACCCUGACCCCCACCCUGGAGGUCCGGCCUGCUGCCUGGAAACAAUUCAGAGCAAGGAGUUACUGGGCUCAGUUGCCCACGGAGACUGUGGAAACCAGGGUAACAUCGCCUGCUGAGCUGCAAACACACACACCUGAGGAGAUGUUAUCCAUCCAUGCUUAUACUCCUCAACCUGACAGCUCCAGCGUCCAUGAGAAGCAGUCGAAGUUCUUCAUUCUAACUGGAUGGAUUGGUAUGGGGAGAAGCGGACCUCACAACGUGGCUAAGCUGCAGCUUUGGAACUGUUUAACCCUGACCAUGGUCUUAUCCUGCCUGCUGCUGCGACCAGCUCACUGUCAGCAGUGUCGUAUCCAGCGCUGCAACGCAGAGUACGUGACCUCGACGUCGCCCUCCAGUGGGCUCCAGGAGGAGAUGCAGCCGGACUACUGCAUCUCCUUGCGGGCGUAUGCUCUCUGCACCCGCCGUACCGCGCGCAGCUGCAGAGGAGACUUGGUGUACCACUCGGCCGUGUUCCGCAUCAAGGAGCUGUUUUCACAGCACAACUGCUCCUCCGAGGGGCCCACCUCCCCCGCCCGGGCCCCUGGCACCCCCCGGCCUCCCCUCCCCCGGCUCUGCGACUAUGAGAGCCGCGCCCUGGCCACUGGGCACCUCGGCAGGUAUGCUCACUGCAGCCUGUUCGGGGACCCCCACCUGCGAACAUUCAGGGAGGAGUUCCAGACCUGCAAGGUGGAGGGGGCAUGGCCUCUCAUAGACAACCGCUACCUGUCCGUGCAGGUCACCAACGUACCUGUCGUCCAGGGAUCCAGCGCCACGGCAACCAGCAAGAUAACGGUGAUCUUCAAGUCGUUCCAGGGCUGCACGGAUCAGAAGGUGUACCAGGCCACUACUGAGGACCUGCCCUCGGCCUUUCAGGACGGCAGCAGCAGCAGUGGGGGGGGCAGUGGGGGGGGUGAGGCGUCCAGCCUGCUGAUCCUGGACCGCCCCGGCCCGGCUGGGCGCCAUGUCCACAUCCAGGCACGCUACCUGGGCGCCUCCAUCAUCGUGCGCCGUGUGGGACUCUACCUGACCUUCGCCAUCCGGGUCCCCGAGGACAUGCUGGGGCCGGAGGAGGUGGGCCUGCAGCUCUGUCUCCAUGGCUGUCCUCGCAGCCAGCUGAUCACACAGCACAAGCUGGGGCCUGCCCCGCCCCCCAGGGCCCCGCCCCCCAGGGCCCCGCCCUCCAGGGCCCCGCCCCCACAGGUCUACUCGGUGGAGCAGGCCACGGCUCGUUGCCGGGAGACACUGCAGGUAGAGGAUGUGUAUUUCCAGUCGUGUGUGUUUGACCUGCUGACCACCGGGGACCCGGCCUUCUGUCUGGCUGCGUUCGGGGCGCUGCAGGAUCUGAAGGCCUUGCCUCCCUCCAGACUCAGGCAGAGCUCUGCCCCUAGCCCCCCCAGGACUCCUCGCCUGCACAGCAGGGGGGUGCCCCUCCCCACCACACACACUCUGCUGCUGCUGCUGGGCCUGCUGCUGGUGUUAGGAGGAGAAGGAGGAGAGACUCCUGUCUUUUACUCUCUAAACAGUCUGAAGGACCCAGCGUAAACACACCCACUCGUCUACACACCUGUACAUUGGAUCAGCACUAACACACACGCACCCACUCGUCUACACACCU